GGACGCGAGGAGGAAAUUGAUCAUGGGCUUCUCCUUCGUUGUCGUUGUAUGGGCUCGCGUGGCAGGCAACUUGUGGAACCGCCAGGAGGAAUUCCUGCAGGAGUUGUUCGACUUGGACCCAAGCGAGAACCAAGACCAGGCGAUCAGACCCAGUUUCAUCGGGCAGUUGGAGCAGUCCAAGGUCGACCUCAACAUCAAGGAGAAACAGUCCGACCAGAAACGGGACGCGUAUGCCCGCUUCUGCUCCGGCGCUCUGACCGUAUUCUUCUGCUCGGUCGUGUUCGCCAGCAUCGUCUCGUGGAUAGAGUUCUUUUCCGGGAACCUCGGCAUGCUGGCCUCUGCCGGGCUCUCGCUGCAGAUCGUGUGCUUCUCUUUGCUCUUCGAGGUGCUCUGCCGCUCCAUGACCGAGUGGGAGAACCACAAGCACCAGUCCAGCUACUACGACAGCUAUCUGUGGAAGCACUGCCUCCUGAACAUGGUGAACCACUACACGGCCUUCUUCUACCUGGCCAUCAAGCAGAAGGUGAAAGCUGGAAGCUGCCCCCCGACGGGGUGCCUCGACGCCUUGCAAAAGCAGAUCAUGACGGGCCUUGUGCAUCCUCACCGUCGCCUUUAUCGCAAAGAG